UUGGCUCAAUGUUGUGCCCAUCACUCCGGCUGGGAGGGACUUUAAUUCGCUCUUGUUUAGCUCUCAAUGGAUGCCAACAUCAGCCACGACACGCGAUCAGAUGUAAAACGAAGGACGUUUUCUCUUCAUCGCACGUGAACGCGAGCGAACGGCAGAAUAUGAGUGUGUCGUGAAUGUGAACGACUGCAUGAAACGACUGAGAUCGCUAUGAAGACGAGUGAGGAUUGCGUUUAGUCAGAUGAAGCCAUAUGUGCUGCGUGGCCUGACAGAGCGACAGACAGACAGAGGGCAUCAUCUCUCUGUUUAUAAACACACAUCCCUUCAUACAAAGGAACCUCACGGGUGGACUGAUGCACCCUUUCCAGUGGUGCAACGGGUGCUUCUGCAGACUGAUCUACUCCAAUAAGACCUGCACUAUGCCAUCUGUCACCUUCCAGAACCUUCCUCUCAAUAUCUAUAUGGUGAUCUUCGGCACAGGCAUCUUCGUCUUCGUACUCAGCCUCAUAUUCUGCUGCUAUUUUAUAAGUAAAUUGAGACAUCAAGCCCAAAGUGAACGCUUUGGAUACAGAGAGGUGAUUUUAAAAGGAGACCCGAAGAAGCUGAAUCUUCAUGGGCAGACCUGUGCCGUGUGCUUGGAGGACUUUAAGGUGAAAGAUGAGCUGGGAAUGUUGCCAUGCCAACAUGCCUUUCACAGGAGGUGUGUGGUGAAGUGGCUGGAGGUGCGCUGCGUCUGCCCCAUGUGUAAUAAACCCCUGGCGGGAUCCUCCGAGCAGCACCAGAGCAUAGGCACACUGCUGGAUGAGCUGGUGUAGCGCUCAGAAGCUUCUGGAAAGGGACAAGACUGACAUCUGGCUUCAAGACUUUCUAAGGAGUCUUUUUUACAGACAUGAACAGACUUGACUGUGACUCUCACAACUUCUAGGCUAAGGCUUUGUAUCUUUUGAGUCAAGAAGCCUUUAAUUUAACAUUGAAUGCUAACAGGGCUGUUCAGGCAUAAUGUGGUGUUGAAUGC